AUGGCGCAGUGGAGUGUUGUUCACCGUGUGUUUGCGUACGACGCGUUUGUGAAAAACAAUGAUUCGAUAGAUAAGGUGCAGCGUGCAUUCAGACAUCACUUCAAAGUCGGACGUCGCGAUGCUGUUCCUAAUCGGAAAACGAUUAUGAGGUGUGUCGAUAGUUUGAUCGAUCACCAAUUGGAAAAUGCGAAUAUAAUCGUCAUGACCUACAAGACAGUAAUGUUACUUUGUCUAAUAACUAUGUUCUUAGCACUUGCCAAAUCAAAGAGUCAAUUUCCGUUACUUCAGCCUAUACGACAUGAACCACGUUUCAGUAACUUAGAAGUAACGAAUAAAUAUUCUUUAGUACAAGGCAAUGCCAGCUUUAAUCAAUAUAACGCCAUCCAGUAUGCAGACUUCCAUUAUAUAUAUUAUGAUUCUGUUUACAUAGGUCGAAUUAAUAUCGAAAUAAUGAUGUGCAAAGAAUAUUUUAUUGAUUGUUCUAAUCUCAGAACGUUUGAUAUUACGGAUAUCUGUUUAAAAGGAUCCACUGCCAUCGAUCAAUGGAAUACCGUGCAAGAGCUCAACAGGGGACCGUAUGCGAGGCGAAUGCUGGAGGACUCCAAGACCCAGGACGAAAGGGCACUAUUGGACGACACUAGUAAGGGAUUCGAAGAUCUAAAGUGUAGCUAUUUGUACCGUAUGCUGUUGCAUCUGAAGCUCACCGGAGAACUGGUGAUACGGAAGCCCAGCGUGGUAGCAAAGACUAACAUACCCGAGGUGACGUUCUGGAACGAAAGCCUGCAGAUAUUGGAGUUUAUGCAUCACAACCACGUGGACGAGACGCAGUCCACAAUCCGCAUUUCGCAUGGAGAGCUCAGCAUAUUUUGGAUAUUUGUCAUGUACACCGAAAGGGUGAAAAAGUACACAGCCGAGGACUUUGCAGACAACGAAGAAGCAAACAAAUCGCUGACCAUAAUACACACUGCGGUGACGGGACUGUUGGAGGAGUAUUCCAAAGAUUGCAAAGUUUACGAUCAGAUCUCUGGCUUGCCAUUAGAGGGAGUUUCAAUUUUGGACAAAAUCAAUGAUCGCGUAAGUACGGCCAUAGAUCCGGAUUCUAAGAUAACGUUGAUCGGGGAAAACAAAAACGAGUUCAAACGACAAGUCGACCACAACAAAGAACUUAUUAUACCCUUGCACGACAAAUGUAAACACAGUCUGAGAAUGUCAUGCAUGCACCUAAACAACGUGCACAAGUCAGACGAUGACAUGACUCUGUUGAUACAACAUUUGGGUAUGUUCGACAAAAAAUCACAAAAAUCUUUCGUAAAGAAAUUGAGGGAAUCAUUCGAAUUUACCAUGAGUACUACGGCACCACUAUACAGGCAAAUAGAGGUUCUCCAACAGGUUCAAAAAGUGUUCAUUGACGUGAUCAAGGCGGUCGCGGUGCGUAUAUCGCUUAAACACUUGAGUUACAUGAAGAAAAUGGUUCAUCCCCAUAAACAUAUUUUGCAUGACAAUGAGUCUCAGGCAAAUGCAAUGCACGCUACACUGAAAGUAGUCUUCGAUUAUUUAAAUUUGGAUGCCAAUAACGACACGGUUAUGCCCAACGUCAUUGAAUCGUGUAAUGGGGGCUACGUAUUCGAUGAUCGCAUCGAUGCUUUUAUCAGACGCACCACCGCUUUGUUGGGCCAUAUCAAGAGGGAUAUACCUUUCGAAUUGUCCUCGUCGAUAAAUUUAAAUACGAAUGUUCCAAGACGUUUUAUAGCACCUUUAUCUAAAUAUGUGGCUAAUAAACACCUUGUUAAGGCUGCAAACCGAUAUGGAAUAGAAACGAGUACUAACGAUUUUUCCUCAGCAUUAGAUGAGAAUAUUCUGAGAGGCAAGAUAUUGAAUGAAUUUUUACGCAAAAAUUUCCACUGUUCCGAUUUUUAUUUUAUUUCGUCUUAUAUAAGUAUCAUUCCAUCGGUGUGGGUAGACAAAUUAGAAUAUUUCUAUAACAAAAUGAAAAAAGGCGACCAAGAUGCUCAGACAACUCAAAGAUUAACAGACAAAUGA